GAUCAGGAAGAAGAGAGUGAUGAAAUUCCAGAAUUCUGUGAGCCUCUCCUGGAGCUUAAUGGACAAUUGAAAGUUGCCUCUCCAAAAUACAAUGGUCCUCUGUAUCCUCCAGUGUCUUCUGCUCCUCAGCAGUCUUCGGAUGUUUUGGAUGAACUGAUUCAAAGGAGAGAAACUAUAGAAAACAGGUUGAUACAUUGGGUGGAACAAGAGAUAAUGGCAAAAAUUAUCAGUGGGAUGUAUCCAGCUCAAAAGGAAGUAGUGCCCAGUGUAAGCACAUCAGAAAGUGAAGACAAUGAGACUGUCACCUCUGAUAUUG